CGUCGGUGGCCGGCCAUUUUAAUAGUAAUAUAACCUCAUCGUCCUCGUCGAUGGUAGACGUAGACCGCGUAAACAGCGUCCCAAUGUCGAUCGCGGUCGGUCGGCUGAAAUGUUGAACGAUCGACCGGCGGAUUCUCGUCACCUUCGAGGCACUCGGACAUGGCACGCCAUUCGAUACAUGCGAAUUAUGUGAUCGUCGGAUGGAGCGAAAUGAAUGAAUUCAAAUGAAAAACAAAAAAAAAGAAAACAAACGUGGUCGUGGUGUUACUGCCGAUGAUUCUCUAGCCCAGGAUUUCCGUCGCCGGGACUUCGUGUGCGCGGCCUCGUGCGAGAUGUAAACCCGGAUUGAUGGCCUGGGUCAUCGCCGCGCCGUUAACGUUUACAUAUCGUUAACGUAAUUAUCUGAAUUUUUCGCCGCGGCAACGAUUGUUGAGAGGGGGGGAGGGGUGGGUCUCCCGAGAAGAUGAACAAGAAGGCGGUCACCGCGUUCUACCUGGCGCUCAACAUAGCCUUCUCGAUCGUAAUUGUGCUUCUGAACAAAUGGCUGUACGUUCACACCCGCUUCCCGAACAUCACGCUGUCCAUGAUACACUUCUUCAUGACCUUCGUCGGCCUGAUAAUCUGCGAGAAGCUGGACGUCUUCUGCGUCAAGGACAUCGACAUCAAGGAGAUGGUGCUCAUCGCCAUGACGUUCUGCGGCUUCGUCGUCCUGACGAAUCUGAGCCUCGCCCACAACACGGUCGGGACGUAUCAGGUGGCGAAGAUGCUGACGACGCCCUGCGUGAUAGUGAUGCAAAUGAUAUUUUAUCGAAAGCGCUUCGGCGUACUCGUCAAGCUGACCCUGAUACCGAUCACGCUGGGAGUCGUAAUCAAUUUUUACUACGACAUACAGUUCAACGUCAUUGGUACCGUCUACGCGACGCUGGGAGUACUCGUGACGUCUCUGUAUCAAGUUAUGAUAAACAGAAAGCAGAAGGAGUUUCAGAUGGACCCAAUGCAGUUGUUGUUUUACCAAGCGCCAUUAUCCGCUGUUAUGCUGUUGAUUGUUGUCCCAAUUCUGGAGCCGGUUGGCCAGACGUUCACGCACGAUUGGUCGCUGUUGGACAUGGUCAUGGUGAUACUGUCGGGUGUGGUUGCGUUCUUUGUAAAUUUAACUUCCUACUGGAUCAUAGGAAAGACCUCGCCUUUAACAUAUAAUAUGGUUGGACAUUCCAAGUUCUGCCUGCUGCUGCUGGGCGGCUCGUUACUUUUCCACGAGAUGUUAGCGAUAAAUCAGGUCAUCGGUAUAACUUUGACGUUAGUGGGAAUUAUAUUAUACGCUCAUGUCAAAAUGAAAGACAACCAGACGUCAUCGGAGUUUGAAGAUAGAGAAACGAAGUCUCUGUAUAAAGUAUGAUUCCGUUUUAGGGAAGAUCGAAUCGCGCGAAGGAAUUGAAAAGAAUAAGUCGCAGUACUUAAUAAUGUUUAAAUUUUUGUAAGCCGCUGAAAUCUACAUUGCAAUAAACGUUUAUUUAUUAUUCCUGAA